GUACCUACCACCUGGUAUCUAUCUAGGUAGAUACUCCUCCAAACUCGACACACGAUAUAGCGGUACAUCUGGGCAGUAGACGCACCCGCCGCCUUACAACCAGCACCUCAAACUUCCGUCACUCGCACUGCAUCCCACUCCGUCUACUUCACCUUCAACGUCCCUCCUCUCCCGCCUUCUUCCCCCCUUCUGGCUGCGAACCUUGAGCGAACUCUUGUAUACCAACCAACCGUUCAACGCCAAUUUCGAGUUCGACACCUGCCGACAAGAUGAACCCCCUUCAGAAGAAUAAGAUCGACGUCUCGUCCCUCUCGCCUGAGGAGCAGCGUCUUUUUCGCCUCUACGGAAAACUUCCCUCUCGUUCGGACCACUUCGCCAAGCACCUGAAGGACCGCAAGUACUUCGACUCAGGGGACUAUGCCAUGUCCAAGGCUGGCAAGGGCGACAGCGUCGACACGGGCGCCGUCGGCUCCCAACACCCCGUUCCUGAGAAUAUCCCUCACCUCUCGAGCCCCGUCAACAAUUCCUCGUCCUCCCUCAACGGCAACAAGCACCACGGCAGCAUCCCCAGUGGCGCACACGCCGGCAGCCCCGUGAAGGAGGCAAGCUUCCUCAACCAGGAGACCAGUGCCGAGGAGGUUGAGCACAAAGACAAGGAGAAUAACUUGCCGGUCGACGAAACCGCCAAGAUGGAGAGCAUUCCUAUCCGAAGAUGAGACAUGCCUUAAGCGACCUUUGCGUCUACUUGGUCAACUCGCUUCUUCCUCCCUCAGGCUUCGUAUGAGUACUGUUGGGACUCC